AUGCGUCUGCAGCAGAAGACCGCCCUGCAGAAGGUCAGCGUGCUGGUCAAGGCCGGUAUGAUGGAGCCUCCAAAGUGGUACGCCGCUGCCAAACAGGUUCCUCCUUUCCAGCGGCGCCCUUCGAACGGGAUCGAGGCGCUCAAGCUGCCCUGGGACACCCUGGCCAACGAGUUCGCGAGCCGCAACCCCCACAUGGUGGAGGACCCGGAGUGGCUGGGCCCCCGGGGUUUCCGGCCGGGAGCCCCGCCCAUCAGCCACGUGUUCGCGAAGCGGCAGUACGCCUUGAUGCAGAACGGGCUCAUGAAAGAAGACGCGUACGAGCGCACUCACGCGCUCAUGAAGAUGGAGCGAUCGGCCGACGUGGCAGCUGUGCAGAAGAUGGUCAGGGAGGCGUCGUCGAUGGCAGGGGGACGGCCCAGCUUCGUUUCUGACGACGACGUGUACAGCGGCCUCAAGUUCUGGCAGAGCAUGAUGCAGGAGACAUCCUACUCGGAGUGGGAUCUCGCGGCGAAGCUAGGCCUGGAUGCAUUCCUCCGCCGAGAGCUGAUUGGCUGGGAUGACGACCGCCUUAAGCUCGCACAGAGCGCCAGGGACGGCACGUCGGCUGCCCUGGAAGCGGAGAUCAACCGCCUGCGGGUGACCCUGUUCCCGGAGACAAAGACAGCGGAGUACGCGUACCCCUCCGAUGUCGUGCGUCCCCGUGACGACGCAAACGAAGACGAGGAGGAGUUGGACGGUGACGUCGAGGAUGAGGAGGGCGUUGAGGGGGAAGAGGCGCUGGCAAGGGACGGCACUGAGGAGUGGAUUUCCGCCAGGCUGAACUGCAGCUGGAGCGCUACCCAGCGCCGGUUUGAGGAGAUGACGGAAGAGGUCGGGUACGAGCUGGACUGGUCCGUUGAAGACCGGCGCAGCCUCGACAACUUCAUUGUCGGUCGCUGCAUCCGGCGAUCGAUCCUGGACGAGGCGUUCACGUGGCUCCCUGAUCCCGUGGCGGAAGCCUUGGCCAAGGUUAAUGCCUCCAUUCUGGCUUCUCCACCUCCCACCUCGUCUUCAACAACCGAGGAGGCCGCCACCGCCGAGGGGGAGGGGACAGGGGACGAAGACGACAAGGACGGAGAGCGCUGGGUUUCGGGACCGGAGCUGGAGGCGUUCACGGGGGACUGGAUGUCGUUGGCGAGGAAGAGAACGGGCAGGACUACCACCGGCGUUGCCGCGGCGGCGGCGGCGGAAGGCGGCGGGCGUGGUAGAGGGCGCCGUGGCGUGGCGAGGGAUGUCGAAGCCGUGGUGGGGCGACCCUCCAUGGCGCUACAGUCGAAUCUGAGGGCGGUGUUGACGCAGGCCAAGAGGCAGCUGCUUCCGGACCUGGUGCUUGAAGUCGAUGAAAAGGCGGGCCCUGUUAGCGCGGAGGAGAGGCGGGUCAAGGACGCCGCCAGGCAGAAGAUCGUCAUGUCGGCGCUGGAGUGGGAGAAGGAAGAGAUCGACGAGCAGCGAAAGGCGGUCACAGACAAGCUGAGAGCGGGCAUGACCGUGGAGCAGGCAGACCCCAUCGAAGCCGUCCGUAAGAAGCGGCUGGCCAAGGGCACCUGGAAGGCCGAGCGGCGCCGCCUCCUAAACCUCGAGAAGAAGCUGUACUACGAGAAGCAAGCGGGGCUGGAGCACGACGAGGGCCCGGCGACGGCGAUCCCGGAGCUUGUGGACGACGUUGUGGAGAGCGAGUCCAUCCGAAGAAAAGCGGACGAGUUCUACGCCAAGGAGAAGGCCCGCAUCAAGAAAGAGAUCAAGCUGCAGGCAGAAGCGGCGGCGAUCGCUGCUGCGGCGAAGGCUAAAUAAAGACACGGAGAGGCCUCCCCCGCUAUCUCUCUCUCUCCCAGCAAAUCUGCAUUGGCGUAGAGUGUGAUAGGAAACUGCGACCUGGAUUCAAAGGGGGGAGAAGCUCCGGUUAUUGAUCAGGAAGGAGGUUGAGUGCAGGGCGCGUGUCUGGUCUUAUCAUCGCUGCCGUGGUGUGUUG